AUGUCUAUUGUGGAUGAAUCACCAGGUUACAUGCAAGUUCUUUCUGAUGGUUCUGUGAAGCGAUUUGCACCAGAAGCUGCUACUGCAUCAACUGAAUCAUUUAAUGGAUACAAAUCCAGGGAUGUGGUAAUUGACUCAUCAAAACCCACCACAGCAAGAAUAUUUCUUCCUGAUGUUUCUGAAUCAGUAGCUGGCCAGCUCCCAGUUUUGGUGUACUUUCAUGGUGGUGGAUUCUGCAUUGGCUCAACUACAUGGCUGGGGUACCAUCAUUUCCUGGGAGAUCUGUCAGCUGUAUCUAAAUCAAUUGUCCUAUCUGUAGACUAUCGCCUUGCUCCAGAAAAUAAGCUCCCCAUAGCUUAUGAUGAUUGUUAUAGCUCACUAGAAUGGCUAAGCAACAAUGCAAGUUCUGAACCAUGGCUUGAAAAGGCUGAUCUUUUACGUGUUUUUCUCUCCGGUGACAGUGCUGGAGGCAACAUAGUCCACCAGGUUGCUGUCAAAGUGAUCAAGGACAAAGUUUCUCGUGUCAGAAUCAAAGGAUUGAUCCCAAUCCAUCCGUACUUUGGGAGCGAAAAGAGGACCGAACUAGAAAUGGCUGAAGAAUCAGCAGGCCAUGUGCAAUCAAAUGACAUGUUCUGGAGACUAAGCUUGCCAGUUGGAGAGAACCGUGACUACCUUGGAUGCAACUUUGAGAAAACAGAACUUUCUGGAAGUGAAUGGGAUCAAUUUCCUCGAGUGCUGGUCUUUGUCGCAGGCUUAGACUUUCUGAAAGAAAGGGGAGUCAUGUAUGCAGAUUUUUUGCAGAAGAAAGGUGUUCAAAAAGUGAGCCUGAUCGAAGCUGAAGGGGAGUCUCACGUCUAUCAUGUAUUUCAUCCCAAAUCAGAGGCCGCUACAUUCCUUCAGAAGCAAAUGAGUGACUUUAUGCAUAGCUUUUAG